AAAAGACGCUGCGUUAAUAGUCCAGACAUUUUUUGUUUUAUUUGUGGUGAGUUUAUGGUGAAGAAACAAAUUUAAAACAUCAAUCCUUUCGUGAAAAAUGCAUAUUAUGCAUUAAUUAAAUUAAUUAUGCAUAAAUUUCCGUGUUACAUUUGUGAGUGGGAUAGUCGAGCGCGUGACAAACAUUGGACUCAAAGACAGUGGCCUUUAAGAAAUAAUCUUAUUGUAGGAGAUAAAAAUAUAUUACGAAAUAAUUUAGUCGACCCCAAAAAUAUUUUAUUACCACCGUUACACAUAAAACUGGGUCUAAUGAAACAAUUUGUAAAAGCAUUAGAUAAAAAUAAAAAUUGUUUUCAAUAUUUAUGCAAAAAAUUUCCACAACUUUCCGAAGCUAAGCUCAAAGAGGGUAUUUUUGUAGGCCCACAAAUAAGAAAAUUAUGCAAAGACAAUGCAUUUUUAAAUUCAAUGACAACUAUUGAAAAAAAUGCUUGGAUUUCAUUUAAGGAAGUAAUUAACAAUUUUUUUGGAAAUAUUAAAAGUGAAAAUUACGAAACCAUAGUAAAUUCUAUGUUAGAAAACUAUCGUAUCUUGGGCUGUAACAUGAGUAUCAAAAUGCAUUUUCUAUAUUCACAUUUGGACAAAUUCCCGGAAAAUUUGGGAGACGUUAGCGAGGAACAAGGCGAAAGAUUUCACCAGGAUAUAAAAGAAAUGGAGAGACGCUAUCAAGGGCGUUGGAGAGUUACCAUGAUGGCUGACUAUUGUUGGAUGUUGCAACGUAAAACUCACCAUGUAUAUAAAAGAAAAUCGACUAAACGAAGUUUUUUUUCAAAGAGGCAAAGAUAUUCUUCAAAUACGAAGUAAUAUUAAUGUAAAAAUUGUAUUAGUUGUUUAAAAUAGUUAU